AUUUCUUGCCGACGCAGGCGAAGAACGAACUCGUGUUACAUUUGCUGUGAUGGACGAUGUCAAAGAAACGAAAGCAAUAGAUCCAUAACGGGGACCUUUCAUGUUGCCACUGUUAUACGUAUUCGCCGACAACAGGAAUAAACAACGCUAGAACAACAGAUAAACAAAAGAAGACGUGAUGGGCGUCCUUAGAUCCAAGUCUCUUCUCUGAGCGUCGAGAUUAAAGUCUGCCGGGAGACGCCGCCGGCAAACCUCUCCUGAAACCCGAGUCUCCCCGCAGAUAGCACCAGAGUAAACGUCACAGACACAAACGUUUAUAAUGAUACUAUUAUAAAAGAGACCGGUCUACAUUAAUUUUGAUAUUAUAUAACGCGAAGGCAUUCUUCCGUGGUGUGUGUUUUGUAUAACCUGUUGGUUACACUUUUCGUGUGGUUGAAGUGCAACUUGUUGAUUCUUAACGGUGAGUCACAACCGUGAGUGUUGCCAACAUAAUCAGCUUACAGUGCGAUGUCGUAAAACCAGACACAUUUUAUCCGUCAGUGAAAGUGGUGUUUGUCCACACAGAAUUCAGAGCAAUAUUCAGCCUCAAAAUUUCAGAAACAAAUGAUUUGUUGAUUUAUAGCUCAUUUUUUAAAUUUAAUAUUGCUCCUUUAUACGAUACAACGAAAGCAAUAUAUAUCUCUGCUAGUGAAGAAACAGUAGUCAAAUAAGUAGAGAUUUUGUGUGCACUGAAAAUUCUUAUAAGAAAGAAACCUUUAUAUCAGAAGUGACUUAAGUGCUGGUUAGUUGAUGUCAUAGACCCCCAUAUAUUACUGGAAAAAGGUGCUACAAUUUAAUAAUAAAAUUCUCUCUCCCUCAAAUAAAGGACGUUCAGACGCUGAGUUCAAUAUCUAACAAAUAAUUUUUUUUCCAUUCUCGGAGAUUGCUUUCAUUUGACAAUUCACCGACAGCCGUCAGUCAGUAUGCCACGGUGUUAUAUGGUGAAGAAGGCGUGCAACAAGUAUCAGACGUCGGCGAGGGACUGCUGGAGUUUCGCCGCAGACACACACGAUGAAGACCGCGGAGAGGCGCCUGCAGGCCCUGUUAGCCCAACAGAAGGGUGCGUGGCGCCACUCAGCCCCAGCGCCUACUACAGACCACUAACAGGCACCACGACCCAACACAGUUACCUGCACGAGUUUAUGCCCCAGGGCCCCGAGGAACCCCCACCCGCUCAGGUGCACACCGAAGUAUUGUCGCACGAUGGGGGAAUCCCCAUCUUCCGCAUGCGCAGUGCGGAGGAGACAGAGGCGGCUCACGACCUGCUGGAGCUGUCUCGCUCGCUGCCACCUCUCCCUGCCCCAAGCGUGGCCACGGUGCAAGAACCUGUCCCAUGCUACAGGUUGCAAGAGCCAUCGAUUCAUCACGAGUUGCCUCCUUGCUACAGCAGCCGUGAUCAGCCGACCCCCGAACCCCAUAGCCAGGCCUACCUCCCGCAGUCGCCAGCCACACAGCCGCGUUACCGUCCACCAUCCCCCGAACCGAUGUCGUGUUACCAGACACCGGCUUGCUACAACCCCCGGCCCGAGUCUCCGAAACCUCAGCCUCCGCCCUCUCUCACACCACCCACGUCGGAAUACUCCUCGGACGCCGAGAACAACAACCCGAACCUGCAGUCCGCGACGAACGGAGACGUGCGUCAGCAAGAACUCGUCGGCUUGGAGGCGCACCGAGCUGUCAAAAGUUCCGUGGUGUACACCUACGACGCUUUACUGGUGUCAGACGGCCGAUCCAAGAACAAAAGCAGCAGCAACACGUUGCCGCCUCUUAGCCCCUCCUCUUCCGACAAAGAGGCGUCUUGUGAAGUUCCCGAAGCGUCUCAAAGUAACGGUAAACCAGGUCGUUACGUGUGUUCGGAAUGCGGGAAACAGUACGCGACAUCGUCCAACCUGUCGCGUCACAAACAGACGCACCGAAGCCUCGACUCCCAGUCGGCCAAGAAGUGCGUCACGUGCGGGAAAGCGUACGUCAGCAUGCCCGCGUUGGCCAUGCACCUCCUGACGCACAAGCUGUCGCACGCGUGCGGUGUGUGCGGGAAACUGUUCUCGCGACCCUGGCUGCUCCAGGGACACCUCCGCUCGCACACGGGCGAGAAGCCGUUCCGAUGUGCUCACUGCGGCAAGGCGUUCGCCGACCGUUCCAACCUGCGCGCGCACAUGCAGACGCACUCUGCCGACAAGAACUUCGCCUGUACGCGCUGCCACAAGUCCUUCGCCCUCAAGUCUUACCUCAACAAACACCUCGAGUCCGCGUGCUUCAAGGACGGCGAAAGUGAAGAUAACGGCGAUGUAGCUCCCAUUUCCUUUGAAGAGGAAUGCCCGGAAGUAGAAAUCGAGCUAGUUUAAUUUGAUUGCCUGCAACUAAGUUCCAAACAAUGACCCAAUUUUGUCUGUAGGUCAUGGGUAUAACUCGUGUAAGUAAGCUUGCAAUCUUUAACAGCUACUUGAAGGAAUGUUCUCAUCAAACCUUCACAGAUUUUUCAAUGUUCUUUAAGUUACUCGUUGAUAGACAUUUAAUAUUAGGUAUAAAUAUGUAUUACAAUAUACAUGCUCAAGAUUAAUAAUUAUAUUGCAUACAAUUAAUUCAUAAAGAUAAACGAAUAAUUUUCUAAUAAUAGGGAUUUCGUAUACCGAAAAGAAAGAUAACAAUUGUCAUUUCCUAAAUUUCAGUAUCCUAGUUGAUCCUUUUGCAUGAAAUGUAUUUAUAUUUAUAUACAAGUGUAACUCAGUUGGCUACCGACUUGUUUGUAGGCUUCACACAGGCACUAAUUCCAGGUCCUAACCUUUACUGUGAAAACAGGAAAUUGUGCCAAUACGCUUUGUCGGAUUGCACCCCGAUAAGACUAGCAGCUGUAUUAUUUACAAGGAAAUCCAAACAGUACCAACCUGGUUAGGGGCAAUUCGUCUCUGCAAAAUCCGUUGACUGGAUGCAAUUCGUUAACAUUUCUAAAUAUUGCUAUUCAGUUUCUUUAUCUCUGUGCUAUAAUUUAUUUAUGGAGGAUUAAAAUUUUUGGAAUCCUAUAUACGUGUUUUCGCUGUAUUAGCUAUAUUAUACCUAUGUAUUUGAAGUAAAUUUUGUGUUUUUGAGUAAUAUGCUAAACUAACAGGUUAGGUUAUGUGUAAUAUUUAGAUUUAUUUCGGUUUAGUUAGAUGCGUGUUAAAUUAGAUGUCGGAGUAAUAAUUUAUUGCCAAGAAAGAAAGGAAAAUCUAUCUAGAGUGUUUCUCUCUCUCUCUUUGUUGCUUGAUAAAUCUUACCAUCACUUAUCAUCAUCCAUCAUUAUCAUUAUUAUAAAGACUUUUAGAAGUAUGUAGUAUACAUUCUAGUCUAUAGUAGUAAACAGAAGAGAAGUCCCAAAUUUUUAUACUCAAAAUAUAUUUUAUUAACACAAAUGUAAACAAACGUUUAAUUUCAGUUUAUAUAUAUAUGCAUAUUAAAUUUACCUGUUAUAAAAUUUACACGAGUAGC